GGACAAUCAAAGUCCAAACACACACACGAACAACAUUCACAGAUGAGUGAAAUGGAGUUGUUGGAGGAAGAGAAGACAAACGAGUGGUUUUGAGGAAAGCCAUUAUUCCAGAGCAGAGGGAAAUCCUACCAUGACGGAUUAUUUGUCCCUUCUUGUUUUGUUGGUCGUGACCGUGAUGGAGACAUCUGAUCAGGAGAGAUGAACACAUGUCAAAUCAAACAGACAUAAACCAGAGACGGGGUUGUUGAGCGGACUUGGCAGGAAAAGAGAAAUCGACAUUGGCUGUUUUGGCUGAUGAGCUGUAACUGGGUGCACCCGGCGCGCAGGUCCCGGACUGGUUAAAAGGCUCUGGCUCCUCCUCCAUCGGGGUUGUUGGACCUGCAGCAGAGACGGCUGGAGGCUGGUCUUGGCCCAGCAGCGGGGGUGUUGUGUUAAUCUUUUGUUUCGUACCUGUGCGUGGUGUAUUGAUUGGUUGCAGACGUUUUUGUUAACUUGACUUGAGCUGAACAAUUGUAGGGAACGAAAUCUGAAAUAAAACCUUAGUAUUACCUGGUACCACGUCCGUGUUUUGUAUGUCAUUCCCACCCUAGGUUGUGACAUAUGGGGGCUCGUCUAAAAUACCAGUAAAUGUUCUUGGGUACGUAAAGCGUCAUCUUGUUAUGAUUUCUGAUUAACUUGGAUUUGUAAAAUCGGAUCAAUAAAUUACCUUGAUUAGGAUUAGUGCGUGUCUUCGGAUGCGUGGUUUUUUUUAUUUUUGUUUGUUGUUUUUGGGUGGCAGAAGAUCUAGAGCGGUUGUCUCGGGGGCACUUCCGAUUUCCACUGAGUCACUAUCAACCGGUGAUUUGUUUGGAUUUACGGGCUCCGUGCUUAAAAUCCCCGGUCUCACGCCACCUGAAGAAAAGCAGGGUCUACUGCUGAGAUAGGUACUGGGGUAAUUUGUUGAUCUCUGUAGCAAAUCAAAGGUUAAUUGGGGAAUAUUGAUUUUGUUUGAAUAUGGCGUCAAAAAUUGUGACUGGUUUUAUCCAAACUCCUUCGGCUGAAUUAUUAAACUCGUUAACUAAAGACCAGUUAAUCGAGGUUGCGGACAAUUAUAACAUCGUCGUUUCCAUGAUACAAAGGAGAUUAAAAGAGAGCGUUAGGUGUGUAGUUGUGGCCGGGUUAGUGGAUCAGCAGGUGCUUAUAACUACAGCGACACCAUCUGAACCACCUGCACCACAAGCGUUUACUUUUGAGGAGCAAAAGGCUCUGCUGGUCAUGCAGCGGGAGACGGAUUUUGAGAAAAUCCGUCUCACGCAGGAGUUUGAGAAAAAUUGCCUUGAUAGAGAGCAACGUACGGAGCUUGAGAAAAUCCGUCUCACACAAGAGGUUGAGAAAAUAAAGCUGGAUCAAGAGCAACAGCGCAUCAAUUUGCUGCGGGAGGGUAGAAUUCCAGGUGGCCAGGCACCUACGGCAAAUUUAGAUGUUGAAAGGAAGAUUCGGUUAGUUCCACCGUUUAGAGAGGCUGAUGUGGACACUUUUUUUCAAUUGUUCGAGCGGGUAGCUGAUGCGCACAGUUGGUCAGAUGUGGAGAGGACCUUGCUCCUCCAGUGUGUGUUGACCGGUCGCGCUCAGCUCGCCUAUGCGGCACUGUCUGUGGCAGACAGUCAGGUUUAUGAUAAAGUGAAAGCUGCAGUGCUUAAAGCAUACGAGCUGGUGCCAGAGGCUUACCGUUUUCUGUUCCGCAGUGUCCGGAGGAUAUACGAGCAAACGAAUGUUGAGUUCGUGAGAGCUUUAACUUUGCAGUUUGCUCGUUGGCGGAGAUCCGAAAAUAUUACUACAUUGGAUGAGUUAGUCGAUCUAUUUUUGUUAGAACAGUAUAAGAACACGCUCUCCGAAGGUGUCGCGACGUACAUUGUGGAGCGUAAGGUGCGCACUGCUUCUGAGGCAGCCGUGCUGGCUGAUGAAUGGGAGCUGACGCACCGUUCACGUUUAGAUCGUACAAAAAUGGAUAGAGGUAAUUUUCGGUCAUGGCCUAAUGUUAUACCGGUGCCUCAAGCUCAGGAGCAGCGGUCUGCUCAAAGAUAUCAGCCGAUGCAAAGGCCUGCUCUGGAUAGGGAUGUGUGUGGUUAUUGUUUUGAAAAAGGUCAUUGGUUGAGGCAAUGUCCAGUGCUCAAAGCAAAGAAAGCUCAAUCGUUUAACACGACUGCUGAGGCUUCGAUCCUGGCUGUUCCAGUGCCUGACCACAGGCUGGCGUGCGCCUCUGCGUGUGUGGCAGACCGCGAGGUGACGUUUGAUCCAUUCAUCUCUGAUGGCUUUGUGUCACUUGUUGGUGGUCAUAAAGUCCGAGUGAAAAUUUUGAGGGAUACUGGGGCUAGUGGGUCGUUCAUAUUAGGGUCGGUGUUGCCUUUCUCUAAUGAGUCUUACACUGGAAAUUCGCUGUUAAUUCGUGGAAUUGGCUUAAACACAAUUUCAGUGCCGUUGCAUAAUGUCUCUCUGGAGUGUGAGCUAGUGGAGGGUAACGUGGAGCUUGGUGUUCGGCCUGCACUUCCUAUUGAAGGGAUCUCAUUGGUGCUUGGGAACCAGCUGGCAGGUAGACGCAUCUGGUCAGAUACGUCUUCUCCUCUGGUGGUUACUGAAGAGCCGCUGUCCACCGACGAGAGUGCGGAAAAGUAUCCAAAGGUGUUUACCGCAUGUGUAGUUACUCGCUCUGCCAGUCUAAAGACUGAGACUGACAGAGUGCAGUCAACUAAAUCAAAAUCUUUUUCGCUCGCGGAUUAUCCGGUCUCUGUAUCACGUGAGGAAUUGGCAGAAGAGCAGAAAUCAGAUGAGACAUUGAAAUCUCUGUUUGAACUCGUUGACAAUGAAAUUCGGAAUAAGGCUGGGGGCUACUUCAUUAAAGACGGCGUGUUGUUGAGGAAAUGGUCUCCUCACGCCGAUUGUUUUGUUGGUGAUCCAAUUGUCCAGGUGGUGGUGCCUGAUAAGUUUCGUCCGCUGGUACUCGAAACCGCUCAUGAUAAGCUCGCUGGUCAUGCCGGUGUACAGAAAACGUAUGAUCGCAUUUUGCGCUAUUUCCACUGGCCGCGAGUUAAGCGCGACGUUGCCAGUUUUGUCAAAACAUGCAUAACAUGUCAACUGACAGGGAAACCCAAUGUGACGUUGAAGCCGGCUCCGUUGCGUCCGAUUCCGACUGCGAGUCAACCUUUUGAGCACCUUAUCAUUGACAAUGUUGGGCCUCUACCUCGCUCUAAAACAGGCUGUGAGUACCUGCUCACGGUUAUGUGCCAGACCACUCGCUACCCAGCUGCUUUUCCAUUACGUUCUAUUAACACGAAAGCAAUUGUGAAAGCACUGAGUCAAUUUAUUUCAACUUUCGGGUUGCCGAAAGUUGUUCAAUCUGAUCGUGGGAGUAACUUUACAUCAAAAUUGUUCAAAGACGUUCUCAGGCAAUUGGGGGUUAAGCAAAAUCUGGCAACCGCUUAUCACCCUCAGAGCCAAGGUGCUUUGGAGCGCUUUCAUUCAACGCUGAAAUCACUGCUUCGUGCAUAUUGUGUCGAGUUAGGUUGCGAUUGGGAGGAGGGCCUGCCAUGGCUGAUGUUAGCAGCCAGGGGGGUCACUCAUGAAAGUACUGGCUUUAGUCCAAAUGAUCUUGUUUUUGCACACCGUGUGCGUGGGGUAAUGUCAGUGCUCCAUGAUAAAUGGACUGAUUCAGAGCCGCCUGAUAAUUUGUCUGAAUAUGUUCUGGGGUUCCGCCGCCGUCUGUCCUCUGCCUGGAGAAUGGCUAGGGAACGGUUGGAGGAAUCUCAGAAAAAAAUGAAAACACUGUUCGAUCGUCGCACUGAGCACAGAACGUUUGUUGUUGGUGAUUUAGUGCUCGCGCUGCUUCCGGUACUUGGUUCACCGUUUCAGGCCAAGUACGCUGGGCCCUAUAAGGUCCUGCAUUGUGGCCCAAAUGAUAAUUACAUGAUCUCGACCCCGGAUAGGAGGAAUUGCGCUCAAAGAUGACACGUCAAUCUCUUGAAACCGUUCUAUAAUCGGGAGGAGCGGCACGCUGUGAAAACGAUCGAUCCCGUGGUGCUAGUGGACAGCUCCUCUCUGGUUCGCGCACCUUUGAUGGUGGCAGCAUCAGAGGGGGAGGAGCUUAACACAACCGAUGAUUGUGUGUUACAAGGACGUUUAAAGAAUUCCGAGACAUUGCUAGCCAUGCCGUCAGUCCUAAAACAUUUAAAUUCGAUUCAGAGCCAAGAGCUCACUGAUUUGCUUGGGGAGUUUAAAGUGUUGUUCUCUGAUGUGCCUACACAGACUGAUUUGCUGGAGCACGAUAUCGAUGUGGGGGGUGCUGAGCCCAUCCGGCAGCGUUUUUAUCGAGUGCCUAUCGGGAAAAAGGAAAGUCAGGACGAAGAGGUUCAGUAUUUGCUUGACAAUAACUUAGCUGAACCGUCUUUCUCCAGCUGGUCUUCGCCAUGCUUAUUGGUUAAAAAGUCUGACGGUACGUUUCGUUUUUGUACUGAUUAUCGCAAGCUAAAUGCUGUAACCAAACCUGAUUCGUUUCCUUUACCUCGUAUAGAGGAUUGUAUUGAUGAAGUCGGAGCAGCCAAAUUCGUCACAAAAUUAGAUCUCCUUAAAGGAUAUUGGCAAGUGCUGUUAACUGAGAGGGCUCGUGAAGUUUCCGCUUUUAUCACACCUAAAGGGUUAUUUUCGUAUCGUGUCAUGUCAUUUGGGUUGCGUAAUGCCCCAGCGACAUUUCAAAGAUUAAUGAAUCGUGUUGUGGCUGGGCUGGAAGGGGUAACUGUUUAUUUGGAUGAUGUGGUUACGGUCAGUAAUACCUGGUCAUCACAUCUGGAGCGCUCGCGACUGCUCCUCGCGCGCCUUGCACAGGCACGGCUCACGG